AUGCUCUUCCUUGUGACGGGCCUCCCGUUCGCCGCACGCCAGGCACACGGGUCCGUCGUCUCUUCUGACAAGGCCCCUCGACCACACGACAACGCAGCACCUUCACUCCCAUUCCCUCCCACAUCCCCACAUCCCACCCUGCCAACCACCACACCCCCUUGCCACCCCCGGAGAUUGUGCAGCUGCUUUGCUUUGCUCUGCUUUGCUCUGCUCUGCUUUGCCAUACAACACCCUCAACUCCAUGCGCACAACCUAACCUUCUCCCUUCUCCCUUCUCCCCUCCCCGUUGUCCUGCACCUUGCAGGCUGCUACACCGCUCGCUCGUCCAUGUCCGCUGCUCGCUUUGGCCCCUCCACCCUCCUCCCCAUGGCACAACAAGCCGGCUACCGGGCGCCGGCUCCCAUCGCCGUGUCCAAUGCGCCGCCCGGUACCUUUGCGCCGGGCACCAAGGUCCAGGUCGGCAACCACCGCGUCACCAUCGAAAAGUACCUGUCCGAGGGUGGCUUUGCCCAUGUCUACCUCGUCCGCGUUCCCAAGUCUGAACAGCGGCUGCCCGACACCGCCGUCCUCAAACGAGUCGCCUGCCCCGACAAAGAUGCGCUCGCCAACAUGCGGACCGAGGUGGAGACGAUGAAGAAGCUCAAGGGCCACUCCAAGAUUGUCACCUACAUGGACUCGCACGCCUCCCAAUUAAAGGGCGGCGGCUACGAGGUCUUCCUGCUCAUGGAGUUUUGCAGUGGCGGUGGCCUCAUCGACUUCAUGAACACCCGGCUGCAGCACAGGCUGACCGAGCCCGAGAUUCUGCACAUCUUCUCCGACGUGGCCGAGGGCGUGGCGACCAUGCACUACCUCAAACCCCCGCUGCUCCACCGCGACCUCAAAGUCGAAAACGUCCUCAUCACCACCGUAGACAACAACAGGAUAUACAAGCUCUGCGACUUCGGCUCCACCGCGCCCCCGAGACCGGCAGCCACGACGGCCGCCGAGGGAAGAUUGAUCGAGGACGAUGUGCAACGACACACCACCCUGCAAUACCGCAGUCCGGAAAUGAUAGACGUCUAUCGCAAGCAGCCCAUUGACGAGAAGAGCGACAUUUGGGCCUUGGGCGUGCUGCUCUACAAGCUAUGCUACUACACUACCCCGUUUGAAGAAGUGGGCCAGAUGGCCAUCUUGAAUGCGAGCUUCAAGUACCCAGCCUAUCCACCCUUCUCAGACAGGAUCAAGAAGCUCAUAGGUUGGAUGUUGAGAGAGAAUCCUCAGCAUAGGCCCAAUAUUUACCAGGUCGUGGCCGAGGUCUGCGCCAUGCGACAUCGUGCCAUUCCCAUCAAAGACAUCUACUCGGGACGAACACACUCGGAAGCUCGGAGGAACGAGCAGUUGCCGCCUGCCGAGCCACCAGUCCAUCCUCCUCCCGUGGUAGGCCUGCAGAAAGUGGCGCCCGUGAAACAAGUACAGCAAUUGCCAGAGAUAACACCCAUGCGUAGGGGAAGGCCAACCGCUCCUGUUCAACAGCCUCCAGGUGCAAGACCUAGUCCUUCGCCGAUGAGAGGGACAACGGCCGACCCGUUUGCUGCUCUUGAUUCCGAAGAUGUUCAGCUUCGACGUGCUGCAGCGGACGAGCUUGCCGCACGAUUCCCCUCCCUGGACGACUUCUCUCUACUACAUGAUCGUGGUCAAAAGUUCGAAUUUGGCGGCGGCGGCGGCGGCGACUCCCCCACAGGAAACGAUCCUGCUUUUUCAAAGCGCGUCGUCGAGGCUCUAGCCGACGAAGCCUUUGCUUCACCGUCCGUACCCCAGACCGAGUCCGCUCCCAUGUCCCAACCAGCAUCGAAUGGGCAGUCAUCCAGUUUGUCGACAGCGGCUGCCUCCACCAACAAAUCCAGGUCCUACGAGACCAAAGACAGUCCACGUAGCUCUGCACCAAGCAUCAUCCAGCAGCCAAUCCCACAACGCUUCGAAAUGGUAUCGACCGGUGUGCAAACAUCACCCCGCACCUCCCCAGCCCCAACCCCACCGCAAAGACAGCCAGAAGUUAGCAACAAGCCAAUCUGGAAGGUCCCAUUGUCCUCUCAUCACAGUCGGACAAUGAGCCAGACGCGCUCAUUCGAGAAGCCGUCUGGAAGCCCCUCCUCACUCAGGGCCGAAUUCGCGCUGCCUAAACUACCUACCCGACCUUCUCUCGAGUUGCGAUCCAAGUCCCAACUCGGCAUACCAAGAUCCCCUGCUUCCUCCCGUCCGUCCCUCGAAAGCCAGCGUCCUUCUGCAUCCGAUCUCGGUCAUUCCAUAGAUCGUUCGAGAUCGGCCAACUCGAAUGCUCGGCCUGUGAGCAUGCACGUGGCGUCUGAUCUCGACUAUCUACGGGAUCGUGAACAGGCCCCUGGCCGUAGUUUUGAUGCACCUUCUUUGCAGCGUCGCAUCACUUCAAGUGCGAUAGAUGACUCGGACUCACCAGAAGAGACAAAGGUGAGAUCGAGCAUCGACUUCCUGCGCACCAUUGAGAUGGAAGAGCAUGGCCACAAGCAUCGCCGGAGUAGUUCCCAGAGCAAGCACGCAAAGCGUGGCAGCAUAACAAGCAUGGUCAAAGGCAGAUUCGGUGAUGCAUUCCGUCGCUUCGAACACUCCAAAACCCCCGACCGUGAGCGUGAGGAAUCGCCAAUGACCCCAAAGGAUCAGCAGCACAUCAACAAGCAGGGAACCGGCCUUGCCCUGACGCCAAUCGCCGGCUCUGAAGCCACCAGCGGUCUCAGCGACGACGACCGCAGCGCCUUUGAGGAAACCGAGGAGCUUUCCCCCGAGGUCCGCCGCGAACUCGAAAAGCGAAAGCUUGACGAGGAAGAACGUCGCGUGGAAGCCGCAGCCGCGGAGUACCGACAACGCGUCACGUCGCAAGGUCCAGGAGCCAAAGCCGGCCCUUCGAAAGCUUCGACGAUUCAAAGCCGGGUCAAGAGUUUGCUGAAUGAGAGUUCCAAACCUGCAGCUGUGAAUCGUACUGCUGAUGGAUAUGGAAAGUACACGGAUAACAACAAACCCCUUCCCAGUCGACCGCAAGAGCAGGCCGACGUUGGUGCACGACAAGCUCCCACCAUCGCUCGAAAGCCUAUACACGUCAGUUCCACCAUGCAACAACAAGGCCAAGAACUUGCCUAUACGAAGCCAUCAUCAGGACGGCCCGCCAUGUCUCCACCCGCGCCCUCGACUUCGGCCCCACCCAUGAUCAAUCUUCGUGCGCCCUCUGGCCCACCGCCGCGAGCACCCAAGCCAAAAGCGUUGCAAACGGGGGGGUCAACAGCCUCCCUGUCUGGUGGUGGAAGCCCGACAAAAGCGAGCCCGAUUGUGCGGGAGAAGUCGCUACCGCUUGUCACGGGGGACGGUGCGGCUAUAGAACCUGAAGACUGGGACGUGGACACGUUUAGCAAGCGGUACCCCAGUCUAAGUGGAUUAGAGAUGGUGGAGACGGAGAUUCCGAGGAGAAGAAAUGGGGUUAGGGAUGUGUAG